GGGUGUCAAAGCAACCAAAGCAGGGUCAAAUUAUAUUGUUCGACUCCACUUUUUUUUAUUUUUUUUAUUUUAUUGUUUUAUAAGUCCUUUUUUUUUUGUUUUACUUUACUUAUUAAAUAACACUUAUCCCCCCCUACUCUAAUGUUUUCUCGGGUCGCCUCAAGUGCAGCAAAGCGCUCAGUACGCUCAUUUCCUAAAUUUUCUACUCAGGCUAGAUUCGCUUCUACUAAGCCCACUAUUGCUCAAAAACCAAUGCAGUUUAGUUUAGUGACAGGCGCUAUUGUUAGUGCAACAGUUGGUGCUUAUAUGUAUGCCGAUGUUUCUGCCAAUAUGGCUGACGAAGGUCUUCAUCCUCCUCAUCAUCCUUGGCCUCAUAGUGGUCCCUUAGAUACUUUUGAUCACGCUGCUAUUCGUCGUGGUUAUCAAGUCUAUAGAGAAGUUUGUGCAGCUUGCCAUUCUCUUGAUCGUAUUGCUUGGAGAAAUUUGAUCGACGUUAGUCACACUGAAGAAGAAGUAAAGGCAAUGGCUGAGGAAUAUGAAUAUCAAGAUGGUCCUGAUGAUAAUGGUGAAAUGUUUAUGAGACCUGGCAAGCCUUCCGAUUACAUGCCUAAGCCUUAUGCUAAUGAGGAAGCUGCCCGUGCUGCUAAUGCUGGUGCUUUGCCACCAGAUCUUUCAUUAAUUACUAAAGCUCGUCAUGGUGGUGAGGAUUAUGUCUUCUCUCUUCUUACAGGUUAUGUUGACCCCCCUGGAGGUGUUGAAGUUCGUGAAGGUUUGAACUACAAUCCUUAUUUCCCUGGUGGUGCUAUUGCUAUGGCACGUACUCUUUUCGAUGGAGUUGUCGAAUAUGAGGAUGGUACACCUGCCACAACCUCUCAGAUGGCUAAGGAUGUUUGUACUUUCCUUGCUUGGGCAGCUGAACCUGAACAUGAUGAACGUAAAAAGAUGGGUAUGAAGGCUACAAUUAUUAUAAUUGGUUUGACUGCUUUGUCAAUUUAUCUCAAGAGAUUCAAGUGGGCUCCUAUUAAGUCUAGAAAGAUUGUCUACAAUCCUCCCAAGAUUUAAAUUAUCCAAAAAAAAAGAAAAAGAAAAAAAAAAGAAAAUCAGUUAUAUAUUACUACCUGUAAUAAAAUAUUUAUUUUUAUCUUAGUCUGUUAUGCACUUUUUUUUUUU